UAGAAGAGUACAAUAACAAAGGACACAGACAUACCGGUGCCAUCGCCCCCCAAGACUGUUGCCUAUAAAAAACAGUCCCGGUUAUCCCUUCCUAGUACGAAAUGGAGAACUGAGUAAAUAUGCCGUGUCGACCACACGGUCGGGAGGAUGUCGAUGAAUUCGGGACGAUAAAUUUCGGAAACGGACAUGCUGUCACAUAACACGUGAUAUUUUGUCACAAAUGUUUGCUUUAUUUGUCAAGACCCUCGACGUAUUUGAAAUUCCAUAAAUAUACUCCACUGGCUGCUGUGCUGAACUUCGUUUUCACCGUCGUCGAUGCCAUGGAGUCGGUUCUGGACUUUUCGCGGGACUUCGAUGUUUCCUCUUUGGAUAAGGUUGUCAUGACCUUCUACUCCGGCCAAGGCGAAGACGCAAAGAUUGCUCAGAACGUGCUAACACAGUUUGAAGAGCAUCCGGAUGCAUGGACCCGCGUACCCGAGAUCCUGGAGACGGCGUCGUUCCCCCAAACCAAGUUCAUUGGACUACAAAUAUUAGGGAAAUUAGUAUCAACGCGGUGGAAGACUUUGCCAGAGGGACAACGGCAAGGGAUACGGAACUUUAUCAUAUCAGCAACGGUCAAGGUCACAUCGGAUGAGGCACUACUACGGAGGGAGAAGUUAUAUGUUAAUAAGCUCAACCUAGUGCUCAUUCAGGUUCUCAAACAAGAAUGGCCCCAUAACUGGCCCAACUUCAUACCUGAACUUGUCGAGUCGUCAAAAACCAAUCUCACCUUAUGCGAGAACAAUAUGACUAUCCUCAAGCUUCUUUCUGAAGAGGUGUUCGACUUUUCUGCCGAACAAAUGACCCAGGCGAAGAUCGCCAAUCUCAAGCAGCAGAUGUGGAACGAAUUCUCGGAGAUUUUCAAGCUGUGCUCCGAAAUCCUGGCCGAGGCGAACAAGGUAUCUCUCGUUAAAGCCACGCUAGAGACUCUAUACAAGUUCCUAAACUGGAUUGCGCUGGGAUACGUUUUCGAGACCCAGAUCAUCGAACUGCUUAUCAAUCGUUUCCUCGAGCCACCCGACUCCCGUAACGUUACCCUUAGAUGUCUCGCAGAGAUCGCGCGUCUCCCUGCAUCAGAGUACAACGACCGCGUCAUCUUUAUCUACACCUCGGUCAUGGCUGCUGUGAGCCGUAUCAUCCCAAUACACGCGAACAUCGCAGAAGUGUACAAGAAUGCCAGCCCCUCCGACGAGGAACUCGUGUUGAACUUGGCACUCUUCCUUACCAAUUUCUUCAGCGAGCACCUGGAGCUUGUCGAGAAUGAUGCCCACAGAGAUAUCCUUCUUUCUGGGCACGCAUAUCUCGUCAAGAUCUCUGCCGUAGAGGAAAGAGAGGUGUUCAAGAUCUGCGCAGAGUACUGGGCCAAACUGCUUUCGGGUCUCUAUAACGAAGUCACGGCCCUUCCUAUAGGCAAUCUCAGUCUGAGUCUCGCCGGAAUACCGCACGUUCUAAGCGACCUCAAAAUGCGGAAAGACAUUUACGCCGAAGUUCUUUCGAAUUUACGCCUAGUUGUCAUCGAGCGUAUGGUUAAGCCGGAGGAGGUCCUUGUCGUCGAGAACGAUGAGGGUGAGAUUGUUCGAGAACACCUCAAGGAAAUCGACACCAUAGUCCUUUACAAGUCGAUGCGCGAGCUUCUCAUCUACCUUACACAUUUAGACGUGGUGGACACGGAAGCGAUACUUACGCGGAAACUUGCUAAACAAGUUGACGGUACCGAGUGGUCAUGGCAGAACCUCAACACGCUUUGCUGGGCAAUUGGCUCGAUUUCUGGAGCUAUGAAUGAGGAUACAGAAAAGCGAUUCCUGGUAACGGUGAUCAAGGACCUCCUAGGUUUGGUCGAACAAAAACGAGGCAAAGACAACAAGGCUGUCAUCGCCUCUGACAUUAUGUACAUUGUCGGGCAAUACCCCCGGUUCCUUAAGGCACAUUGGAAGUUCCUGAAGACUGUCGUGAACAAGCUAUUUGAGUUUAUGCACGAGACGCACGAAGGUGUACAGGAUAUGGCCUGCGACACCUUCAUCAAAAUCGCACAGAAGUGUCGACGACACUUCGUCAUGCAACAAGCGGGCGAGAAAGAGCCCUUCGUUAACGAGAUUUUGCGAUCAUUAAAUCGCAUAACAGUGGAUCUUUCGCCCCAGCAAGUCCAUACAUUUUAUGAAGCUGUCGGGUACAUGAUCGCCGCGCAGCCUAAUAAACUUCACCAAGAAAGGCUUCUGGCUGAAUUGAUGGAUCUACCUAACACUGCCUGGGAUACAUUGAUGGUCCAAGCAGCCCAAAAUGCCGAUGUUCUUUCCAGCAUGGACAACGUGAAGUUAUUUUCUAAUGUUCUCAAGUCGAACGUUUCGGCGUGUAUAUCUGUGGGGCCAUUUUUCCUGCCCCAGAUUGCCCGGAUAUUUGCGGAUAUGCUGGGACUUUAUAAGGCCGUCAGUGGAAUCAUCAGCGAGACCGUCGCUCGAGAAGGUGCCAUCGCUAGCAAGAAAACCCAUAUUCGCCACCUCCGUACAGUCAAAAAAGAUAUCUUGAAACUGAUGGAAACCUACAUCCAGCGAGCUGAUGACCUCGAGUCAGUUAAUAACUCGUUCAUCCCACCAUUGUUAGAUGCGAUCUUGGGUGAUUACAAUCGGAACGUACCGAUUGCUCGCGACUCGGAAGUGUUGAACUUGAUGACUGUCGUGACUAAUCGCCUCGGGCAACUGCUGACACCUCAAGUGAUACCUAUCAUUGAAGCCGUUUUCGAACCGACGCUGACUAUGAUAACUGCCGAUUUUACCGAGUUCCCGGAGCAUCGCUUAUGGUUCUUCAAGCUUCUUGAGGCCAUCAACAGAAACUGCUUCCCCGCCCUUCUUCAGUUGCAACCGGACCAGUUCAAGAUGUUCAUGAACAGCGUGUUCUGGGCUAUCAAACAUACCAUGCGUGAUAUCGCAGACGUUGGCUUGGGCAUGCUCAGCGAGCUGAUAACGAAGUUCUCCCAAUCCCCACCGGAAGUUGCAGGGCCCUUCUUCCAGCAAUACUUCACGACGAUCAUGCAAGAAAUAUUCUUCGUGCUCACUGAUUCGGAACAUAAGAGCGGAUUUACCGCGCAGGUGGCGAUCCUGGCGAAGCUCUUCUUGUUCGCUAACACCAUGCUGGAAAAGGUGCCUCUGUUUGAGACCGAGCGGCUCGACACAACGAAUAGGAUUCUGCUACAGGGGUACCUGGCCAAUCUGCUUGGAAGUGCGUUCCCUCACAUGCAGAAGGGACAGAUUGUUGAAUUCGUUGGCGGGUUGAACGAGUUCUACAGUGACGGUAUCAAGUUUAGAGGGGCUGUGAGGGAUUUCCUCAUUCAGCUCAAGGAGUUCUCUGGGGAUGAGCUGUAUCUGGAUGAGAAAGAGGCUGAGGCACAAAAGAAGGCGGAUCAAGAGAGGCAAGUGGCUAUGAGUAUACCUGGGAUGUUAAAGCCAUCGCAGCUGGAAGAGAAGGAUGAGAAUAUAUAGAAUUUGAAGGGUGAUGCGGUAUCUAAGUUUCUUGCUUUGUUCUUGCUAUCAAUUUGUAAAUAUGUAUCCUUUCGUUUCUCCUCCUUGUACCGAUGAACGGCCAUUAAAUGUAAUUAAUGUAUCUUGAAACGAGUUAUCGUAUGUGGCUCGCAGCGUCACUGUUGUUAUCGUGUUAGGGCAAAGACCUCACUAGAUCUUGGU